UAUGUUUGCAAUCAUAUUCCCCUAUUUUGUUAUUUUAGCUGCUCUUUUAGUCUGGUACAAUUUGUUUUGCAUAACAAAAACUGACAUCUGACAGUUGCGAAACGCAAAACGCAAUUAAAUCGGUUUCAGUAUAAACGCGCCGGAUUUUUUGUGUGUGUCAUAAAACAGAAAUUUGUCGCGCACUUUAUUUUCAAACGUCGACGAGUGAAAGUGAAAGUUGGUGAAUUAAAGAGCGCAUUUUGCACGCUUUGGCUCCGGGCUCCAGAUGAGCCUCAGAAAUGAGCCGAGAUGGAUUCAGGCGAGCAGCUGAUUCUCCAGUCUCCGGCCAGAUGGCUUCUGAACACAGAUUUGCAUUCAUUUUCGCCUAAUAUCUUCCAAAAUAGAGGGGCAGCUGCAUUUGUUGUCAAAUAAGGUUUAAAACUCCUUUUUAGGACGGGAUCGUUACCUACGCGAUGGGAUUGUUGAACUUCUCUAGUCAACAGUAUCAGAUUUAAAGGGAUUUAGACUAAAACCCUAAUUUGGUAAUCAGAUUGAAAUCGCUUUGGUGUGUAAUCUGUAUUAGAGAUACUGUAGAUUAGGCCUAGAGUUAGCAAACCUGAAAUAUUUAUUAUUAUGGUAAGUUAUAUAGGUUUGGAAAAAGAAUUAAAAUAAUAAUAAUAAUUUGAUUAAAAAAAAAAAAAAAAAAAAAAAAACGAUAUCACAUGCCAAAUAGGUCUGCGGAUACUUUAGAUUUAUUUAUUAGUAGCACACACGUAAUUAUAAUAUUUGAUAACAAUAAUUACAAGAACAUUUCACGUGAAACAAACAUUAAGAUAAACGCAUAAUAAUAAUAAUAAUAAUCAUUUGCUGCCUAGAGUACCAUUUAACAUUAAAGUUCACAGAGGCAUUCAGCGUAUGCAUGGAUCAAAGUCAUUGCGAAUUAAAGACAAAAAGCAUAUCAAUCUUAAAUUGUCGUAAAAUAUAAUUUUAUUACUUACGUAUUUAAUUAGACGACGAUGCAAUGUGAUGGAUUUUGAGUCGAGGCAAGAGCAACAGCUUUGAUAAUUCACUUAUCUUUGGCAAUAGUCAUUAACCCCCAACACUAGCAGAAUAGAUUGCUGUGUAAAACACAUCUCUCUUCUCCUCUCUCCGUCCAUCCAUCCAUCCCUCCCUCCAGCGCACAGGGUCCCCAGAUAACCAACAUCGGACUUCCAUUUUCGCCCAUUAAUACAAAUAUUAACAUACAUGCAGAGUCUGCCAAUAUCGGAGACACGAGCACCUUACGAAAUGAAAGAAAAAAUGACCCUUAUUGUUCUGAUAAAUGAUUAUAUUUUUAUUACAAAAGACAUCCUACUUCUUGCGCAUAGAAGGAGAGGGUGGACGCAAUGUUUCCCUCGAGUCCUUUCACAGUUUCAGAUGUAAUUCUGCAAUAAUUUACAAAAUUAAGCGCGUGUACGCGCUAGGACUAGGAGUUUGACAUCGCCUCGCUUCGCUCCGCGCGCGCAAACUGUGCGUGUUUGAUUCAAGCAGUCAAAGUUGCCAUAAUUUAAGACGCGCAUUACGCCAUUAUGCAGAUGCCCAGGGUGUUUAUCAUAAGGAACAUCUAGUCUUAAAAUGCCAGUGCACCUUUCCGACUUCAGAGUAAUAAAAUUUUGUCAAUUUGGCACUGUCACUGUGAUGAUGGCCCGGUAAGAAUUUUAUUCUGGAAACCGGCGGAUGGGUGGCCAGUGCUCUUUUCUUUUUUUUCUUUUUUUUUUUUUGCACUCUAUAAACUUGCAUGGCAGUUUCUCAGAAUAUAUAGUUCCUAUAAUUCGCGGGCUUUCAUUAUCAUUCAUUUUUGUUCCUCUCUGAUGAUUACUUGACAUGAUGUUCACUGGAAAAGCAGUAGCAGCAGCAGUGACUCUAGUCGUGUAUGUACUCACGGUCCAAGCUUAAAGCCCAGCGACAGGAAGCGUCAACCCUCUCCAUGUAUGGGCAAAGCCACGCCCACGUGCGCGUCAUCCUCUGACAGCGUGGAUCCCGUGGGUCUGGAGUUUUUGGCUCCCGGGAAAGGUUCCAGUCCUGGGGGAUAGAGGGUUGAGUUUUGUAUGCUUCCAUCCAUUCUGCAAAGACGCGCUAAAGGCCCCUCAUCAUCCUCUCCCGUGUCCGGGAACACCUCCACGGUGAUCAUUUACGCGUUUAUUUGUCUUUUGGAGCCAGAAGUGGUGGAUUCAGCAGUGUCCCGAAGCCUUUUUUGAUGCUGUUGUUAUAGGAUGCCACCAAGCUAAGAGCAUCAUCACCAUCAUCAUCAUCCUCAUCAACAACAACAACAACAAGCAGAGAAAGUUGCGAGAAAUGUUUAACUGAAUUAAAACAAGUCUAAUAUCCCUGAUAUUUGCGCGACUCGCUUCGCUUCUUCCACGGGAGGAUCUCCAUCUAUCCAAACAAGCUGCUGGAGAGGCUUGAGAAUCUUUACGCACUGAGUCGUUCAUGUGGUGCCAACGCAGGACGGACUGAAGAAGGAGUCGGGACUGCUUUUUUCUUCUUCUUCUUCUUCUGUUUUCGACAAAUCCCAAACAAACUCUUACUGCUAUCCGAAGGGGCUUCUCGGAGAAACGACGCGCCCUCGCUCACACUCUCAUUUCAUCUCUUUGGCUGGAAGUGGGUUGCACGCGAACUGUUUUAAUGUUUGGGAUUCAGGAAAAUAUACCGAGAGGGGGGACCACUAUGAAAGAGGAACCGCUGGGCAGUGGCAUGAAUCCGGUCCGAUCGUGGAUGCACACGGCUGGGGUGGUGGAUGCGAACACGGCCGCCCAGAGUGGAGUUGGGCUGGCACGGGCGCAUUAUGAGAAACAACCGCCAUCCAACCUCAGAAAAUCCAAUUUUUUCCACUUCGUCCUGGCGCUUUAUGACAGACAGGGACAGCCAGUGGAGAUCGAAAGGACAGCUUUUGUGGACUUUGUGGAAAAGGAGAAAGAACCUAACAGUGAAAAAACUAACAAUGGGAUACAUUACAAACUACAACUAUUGUACAGCAACGGCGUCAGAACAGAACAGGAUCUUUAUGUUCGGUUAAUCGAUUCCAUGACAAAACAGGCUAUUAUUUAUGAAGGACAAGACAAAAACCCAGAAAUGUGCCGAGUUCUUCUCACGCACGAAAUUAUGUGCAGUCGGUGUUGUGACAAAAAAAGCUGCGGAAACAGGAACGAAACGCCCUCAGACCCCGUGAUCAUCGACAGGUUCUUUUUGAAAUUUUUCCUCAAGUGUAAUCAGAACUGCCUGAAGAAUGCAGGAAACCCACGGGACAUGCGCAGAUUCCAGGUCGUUGUAUCGACAACGGUUAAUGUGGACGGUCACGUGUUGGCCGUGUCGGACAACAUGUUCGUCCACAACAACUCAAAACAUGGCAGAAGAGCCCGCCGCCUAGAUCCCUCAGAAGGUACGGCCACUCCUUAUCUGGAGAAUGCAGCUACCCCGUGCAUAAAGGCCAUUAGCCCCAGUGAAGGCUGGACCACUGGAGGAGCCACGGUCAUCAUCAUCGGCGAUAACUUCUUCGAUGGACUACAGGUCGUGUUCGGCACCAUGCUAGUAUGGAGUGAGCUCAUUACGCCCCAUGCCAUCCGAGUGCAGACCCCUCCAAGACACAUCCCGGGCGUUGUAGAAGUCACCCUAUCCUACAAGUCAAAGCAGUUCUGCAAAGGUGCGCCAGGACGAUUCGUGUAUACAGCUUUGAACGAACCAACUAUUGACUACGGCUUCCAGAGACUGCAGAAGGUCAUUCCCAGACAUCCAGGUGAUCCAGAGAGGUUGCCCAAGGAGGUGUUGCUAAAGAGAGCCGCUGACCUUGUGGAAGCGCUGUACGGGAUGCCACACAACAACCAGGAGAUCAUUCUGAAGAGGGCCGCAGAUAUCGCCGAGGCUCUGUAUAGCGUCCCACGUAACCACAACCAGAUCCCGUCCCUCGCCAACACGGCCUCUCACGGCGGAAUGAUGGGGGUCAACUCUUUCGGCAGUCAGCUCGCCGUCAACGUCUCAGAGACCUCACAAGUGGGCUACAGUCGCAACACGAGCAGUGUGUCGCCUCGCGGUUACGUGCCCAGCAGCACCCCGCAGCAGUCCAACUACAACACCGUCAGCAACAGCAUGAACGGCUACGGCAACACGGGAAUGCCCAACCUGGGCGUGCCCAGUUCACCGGGCUUCUUGAACGGCUCUUCUGCAAAUUCUCCCUACGGCAGUAAGUAUCAAGUAGUUCCGUCGAGCCCUACCAUGGCAGCCUCUUCGGUCAGCCUCUCUUCAAACUGUAGCAGUACACACGGCAUUUUCUCAUUCUCACCUGCCAAUGUCAUCUCUGCAGUGAAACAAAAAAGCGCCUUUGCUCCAGUUGUCAGGCCCCAAGCAUCUCCACCUCCUUCUUGCACCAGUGCAAAUGGCAAUGGACUUCAAGCUAUGUCCGGACUGGUGGUCCCACCCAUGUAAAUUGCACUCCCGUCCCUUGUAAAGCAGCCGUCUCCUCGCCGGGGGACGAAGCGUAGUACGUUGUACGGAGGAUCCUCCUCGAAGUUGUCAUUCGUCAUGAAGUUAAUCAGCAGCUAAUUCUGUUAUUCAGAGGAAAAAGACACUUUGUUUCAAAGAGUUUAUUCGAAAUUGACUUUGUCAUGAACAAUUUCAUUUUAUUGACUGAAUCUCUUGUCAUAUUUUCACGAUCUUGAAGGGGGGGAAAAAAAGAACAAAACGUACCUAUUUUGUAUAAACAUUUCUGGUUUAAUCUUGGCUAUGUCUAGUUCUUGCUAUGUGUGGGAAGAAACAUUGUGGAUAUGCCAUUUGAUGAAAACACUGAUAAAAAAAAAUGUGUAAGAAUGUUUCUCUUUCACCGAUGUGCUGCCGCUGCACAUCUUCAUAAUGUGAAUUCAUUUUCCUUUUUUAUUAUAUUAUUAUUAUUUUUUUGUUUAUUGUUUUGCCUUUUUUUUUUUUGAUUGUGGUAAUAAAAAGGGGGCCAAUAUAUACAGAGCCAAUAAACUGGAAAUAAUAUAAGAUAUAUGAUUUAUAAAUCAAAAAGAAGGGCAAGGAAGAACGAACGGUGCGAGAAGAGAUCUUAUCGUUCUGUUCGUUGGGCGGAAUUGAACUUUGUAACUUAUUGUAGGUAGAAGUUGUAACUUUGAUAUUGCAAAAAUUCUUCUCUUGCCUUCAACAAGCACACUAACAGAGACGGAGCGCUACUGUCUGUUGGUUAAAAAAGACAAAAAAAGAAAAAAAAGAAAAUAUUUCCACUGCUAAAGCUUCCUGUAAAGCGAGUGUGAUCUGCAAUGUUUUUCAACUUUUUGCUAGCACUGUAUACUAUUGCAUUCUUAGGCUACUGUGAAGUCUGUUUCUUGUACCAGAAAGUUGUCCUUAUACCUCUAGCUCCUUACUCCCUAAUGUGUUUUGUAUGUGGUUAUACAAUUGUAGACUUUUGUGAUUUUGCCAAAGUUGUAGCUAAAUAUUUAUACACUUGUCUUGAAUUUUCCAGAUUCACUUAAAUAUUUAGUACAGAGUUUUAUUCCUACAGUUAGGAGUAAAAUUGUCUUAUACAUUGCAACACUUUCACACAAACACUUGCGGUCACUAAGGGAAUUUUUUGUAACAUAUCAAUUAUAAAUAUUGUAUUUAUCUUUGAAAUUUUGUAUAUUGCUUUCCAUCGUUUUCUUUAAUCUCACGUGUAUUGUUUUCCACGGCCGAAAUUACGAUGAAGGUUUAGCCAAGAAUCAUCGCCUACAUUCGAUGUUUUGUACCGAUAGAUUGUAUCGUCUACACGUUUAGUUUGUAAUUCAGAUAUUUUUUUUUUUUUAUGGCAUCAGACCUUCCGUCCAUUUUUGUUUGUUUGUUUGUUUGUUUAUUUCCUAUUUCGAGGAGCAGUCAAAUCCAUUGUUUAUUUUUAUAUUAAUUUUUAAGUUAUCUAAAAAAGUACUUUUUUGAAAGAAAACUGUUUGUUGUAUAGUCAAAUAAAUUGUUUGUGUCACCUGGCUGUAAUAAUAUUAGUAGAUAAAGUGCAUGUCAAGCCGCCCCAGGGGGGGAAAAAUCCAAUUGUGGUUGUAAAUUUUGUUUUUGUAGAAUGUAAAAAGUCAUUUUUACCUGCCACCAUGACUUUGCCACAUAACUCAACCAUGUUUACAGGGAUCAAGAAGGAAAAAAAAAGGAAAGAAAAAAAUUAUCUGCAAUGGAAAUCUACAUCAGUUACUAAUGUUUAUUAAAAUAUGUCAGAAAAAAGCUCUGUCAAAGGCUUUCCAGUGAAUCUCCUGAGAGGAACCUUUCUGCUGUUUUAAUGACAAACGUACACCACAGUGAAUCUCAUUAUUCCAUUCAGAUCAAUGGUGUAAAAAGCACAAACAUUUUUUACUAAAAUAAAAAAUAAUUAUUGUGACCCCUCA